UCCGGGCGGAGAAGCACCGCUGCUUCACGGAGCCUUCGGAAAGGAGGCCGCGGGCAAAACUUCUCCUCACGGCUGCGCUUCUCCCCGGCAUUUCUGCACCACCGCCCCCUCCUCUCCUCCUCCACCGCCUCUGACGGCCAGAAUAUGGAGCCACCGGAGGCUGCCCCGACGGAGCGGCGCUGCGGGCUUCCCUCCACGACGCUGCUGCUGCUCGUCUACCUCAGCUACCUGCUGCUGGGCAGCGCCGCGUUCUGGGCGCUCGAGUCGCCCCUGGAACGUGACAUGACGGACCUGCUCCUGAAGGAGAAGUGGGAGCUCCUGUUGAACUUCACUUGCUUGGAACGGGAGGCUCUGGAGCGACUCUCGGAGACUAUCAUCCAAGCCUACAAGAGUGGACUUUAUCUUAAAGGAAAUACAAGUCUGGGCAGAUGGGACUUUGUCGGCUCCUUCUUUUUCUCUGUUUCUACAGUAACAACCAUCGGGUAUGGCAACUUGAGCCCCAAUACGGUAGCUUCACAAGUGUUCUGCAUCUUCUUUGCCCUCUUUGGGAUUCCCUUAAAUCUCAUUCUUCUGAAUAGGAUAGGACAGCUGAUGCUCUCUGGGGUGCGUCUAUGUGCCUUCUAUCUGGAUGUGAAAUUCCAGUGGCAGAGAGGAGCAGUUGUCUUGACCUGGACCUGUGCCCUGGGUGCUGGCCUUUUAUUAUUUCUUUUGUUACCACCUUUGUUGUUUACUGCCAUAGAAGGCUGGACUUAUGAGGAAGGAUUCUACUAUUCCUUCAUAACUUUAAGUACAAUAGGCUUUGGAGAUUAUGUCAUUGGCAUGAAUCCUACGCGUACUUACCCAGGCUGGUAUAAGAACGUGGUAUCUCUGUGGAUUCUCUUUGGGCUGGCUUGGUUAGCCCUGAUCAUUAAUCUCUGCAUCAGUUUAGUAGAAAAUUCUAGGAGACUUUGCCAAUGCUGCAAGAGAAAAAGUCACAACAUGGUACAGGAAUUAAUGAAUGGCAACGUAAACAUUAAUUUGGAGCCAGAAGAUCAGCAGAAAUGUGAUACGAAAGACAUAAAACCCGUGAGGCUGGAUUGAAUUUGGAAUCUGCAUUCUUUUACACGUUUUUCUAUUGAAGAAGGGAAGCAUCCGCAGGCAUUGGUAAAUGUUUUGUUUUGCCACUAUGAGAAAUUUUGCUAACUGGGAGGUCAUCUAAAUGGAGUUGACUUGACACUUGGAUGACAUUGGAAAUAUACAUAUAUUUCCUUGAAAUGGUCUGGAACUGCUUUUUCAGGUGAUAGCAUUUCGGUAUGGGAAUUAAUUGCUUUUUGAAAACAGUGAAGGAAUACGUGUAACAGAAUAAACGCUGUUGUGAGCA